AUGAUGAUGAUGAUGAUUGUUAUUUUAGAGGUUACAAAAUAUACAUUUAAAGCAUUUAUAGUUGUAUUUUCAUUUAUUAUGGUAUUAGCAGGAUUUUAUAUGAAUGUUGAAGUUCAUCCAUCAGGAACUCCAUUACAAUUUCAUGAAACUGUUUACUUUUUAGUAAUUACAUUGGCAACUGUUGGUUAUGGCGAUAUUUAUCCAACUACUGCUUUAGGUCAAAUUACAAUCACUCUAGCAUUAACGAUUGGUGCUGGUGUUUUAAUUCCAUAUCAUAUAUCAAAAUUAAUGGAAAAAUUACAACAAGAUUCUCCAUUUUUAAGAAAUUUAUCAUCAUCAUCAAUUACAGGACAUGUUAUAUUAUGUGGUGAUAUAACAAUAUCACAUUUAUUAGAUUUUUUAUCAGAGUUUUAUCAUGAAAGAUAUGGAAAAUUAAAGAAAGAAUUGGUAAUAUUAUCACCAAAAGCACCAGAUGAUAGAAUUAAAGCAUUAUUACUUCACCCAUUUUAUAAGAAUCGUUUAAUCUAUUUAAAGGGAUCACCAUUAUUUGAACAUGAUUUACAACGUACUAAAAUUUCAAAAGCAGAUUCAGUAUUUAUAACAUUACCAUCAUCUUGGAAUUCAGCAGAUACAGAUAAUAUUUUAUGUUCAUAUGCUGUAAAAAGUCAAUAUAAAAAUUUGAAAAUAUUUUCACAUUUAAUUUCAUCGAAAAAUAAGAAUAAAUCACCAUUUUUAAAAGGAUCGAUUUAUGUUGAAGAAUUUAGAUGUGCAAUGUUGGCACAAUCAAUAGUGUGUCCAGGAUAUAAUAUUUUAUUUUCAAAUUUAUUUACAAGUAGAACUAUACCAACGAUGGUAUCACAUAAAUGGUUAACAGAGUAUUAUUAUGGUACCAAUCAUUCGAUUUACAUAAUAAAAGUACCAGAGUUUUUAGUUGGUGAACAGUUGACAGAUGUUAUACUUUCAAUGUAUUUUGGUAAUGGUAGUUUAUUGAUUGGUAUAAUGGAGCCACAAAUUGUAGUCUCUGUUUGUUCUCAACAAGGUCCAAGUUUAACUUCAAGUGGUACCUAUAUACCAACAUCACAAAAACCAACAACCUUACCACCUAAAUUUCAUUUAAAUCCACCUCAAACUACAAUUUUAACAAUAGAUAUGCAAUUGGUAUUAAUAUCACAUACUGUAAAUUUAACAAGUAAACAUUCAUCAAGAGCAGAGAAAAGACAACAACAAAAACAACAAGAAAUUCAAAAAAGAAAAAAAAUUCAAAUUAAUAGUAUUGGUGGUGAAUAUGAUGAUGAAAAUACUGAUGAUACUGAUUUUCAAUCAAUGAAUGAAGUUUUAAAUUUUAAUUCAAAUUUAACAAAUAAUAAUUUAAAUAAUAGUUUAACAAAUAAUAAUAAUAAUUUAAAUAAUAAUGAUGAUGAUUAUAAUAAUAAUAAUUUUAUAAUUAAAAUUUAUAAAAAAAUUAAUCAAUUUUUUAAUAAAUUAGCAGUACCAGAUUUAGAAUUAUUAAUUAAUGAAGUUGAACAACAAAAUAAUCAAGAAACUAAAGAUCAAGCUAUGAAUGAAUCAUUAAAAACUUUUAUAGUUUCAAAUAAAUCAAAAAAUAAAGAUAAUAAUGGUAGUGGUGGUAAUGGUAGUGGUGGUAAUGGAUUUAGUCGUGGUGGAUCAUCAAUGAAUUUUAGAAAUAAUAGUAUGACUGGAUUUGGAUCAUUAUCAAGUCCACAAUCAAUUGAUGAGAAUCUUGAUCAAUCAAUUAUGGAAUUCAAUAGAGAACACGAAGAAGAGGAAUUAACCUCUAAGGAAUUAAUAAAAUCAUUAUGUCUUUCAGAAUAUAAUGGUGAUUGGAUUGCUCUAUUAAGUGAUAUUAGUUCACAAAAAACAUCAAAUCCAAAGACAGAGGAGAUUUUAGAAAGAAUUCGAUUGGUAAUUGAUAAACAUUCUCUAAUGACUUUUACAACUCAUGGAAAAUUUGGUAAAGGUAAAAAAGGUUCAAAAAAUUCAAUGAAAGGUCAUAUGUUAAUCAUUUGUAAAUCGUUGAGAGGUUUAGAUUUAUUUUUACAUCAUUUACGUUUACCUUAUAUUUCAUCGAUUAAAACAAAUACAAUGGCUAAAUCUGGUGUUCAACCAAUCGUUGUACUCUAUAAAGAUGAACCACAAGAUGAGAGUUGGUUUUCAACUGUUAAAACGUUACCAUUGAUUGCAUUUAUUAAAGGUUCAUCAUCGAAUAAUGUCGAUCUUGAUAAAUGUGGUGCAAAAAAUGCUGAAACCAUUAUAAUCACUUCGGAUCCAUAUUAUGAUCAAUCCAAUUUAUCAUCGGCUCAAGAGAAUUUAGUAGAUUCAUUCACAUUGAUGUCCUAUGUCGACGUAAUCAAGGUUAAUAGAAUCGCAAAGAUAACCGUUGAAUUAGUACAUGAACCAAAUAUUAGAUUUUUAGAGGAUAAGAAAAUUCAAGCAUGUGGUUCCAAUAAAAGAUUUCAUACUUAUUUACAAGCUAAUCAAGAGAAAACUUUCUUAAAACCAGAGUUUUUCUCAACUCCACAUUAUGCAUCGGGUGGUGUUAUAACAUUCACUGUAUUGGAUUCAUUAACUUGUCAAGCUCAUAAUAAUCAUUUGAUAAAAGAUGUCGCCCAUGAAUUGGCAUUUGGUGUAAAUGGUUUAUCACAAUCUUAUUCAACAUUUGGUUUAUCAAGUUGUGUUAAUCAAGAUUCAAAAUGUUUUAGUAGAUUAAUUGGUAUACCUGCAAUGUUUCAUGGUAGAUCCUAUGGUGAAGUUUUAAAAUACUUUUUACAACAAAAAAAUCUUUUGGUUUUAGGUCUUUAUCGUUCAAAAAUACCAAUGAGUGCUCCUGUUGAUUAUAUUUAUACUUGUCCACCACCAACUUGUAUUUUACAUGAAGGUGAUCAAGCUUAUGUUUUAUCAAAUUCACCAAUUUAA